AUGGGAAAUUUUGGUAAUGAAGAUGAAGAACAAGGAAAUCGAAGUGAAUUCAAUAAAGAAGAGGUCUCGAAUUUGAAUUCAGUUGUCGAAAAUGUUUCUAAGAGUGUUGGUCUAGUUGAUAGCCAGGAAGGUGUAACUUUUAGUCAAUUCACGUGUGACCAAAUUGUUGAAAAUUUUCUUAUUGAUUUGAAUCGAGCUAAUGUGUUUUUGUUAUAUAGUUUAAUCAUAUAUGACUUUAAUUUUGUAUUUUUGAAUAUUAUAUGUACUGAGCACUUGGUUGAGGGUGGUAUAAAUGAGAAAGCAGUUGAAGAUGAUAUUAAUGACGUUUUGACUGGUUUUAAGAACAAUGAAUUUGAUGAAGGUUGUGCUGAAGGUGAAGUUGAAAAUGCUAAAGCAAAGAAGGAUGGACAAGGUGUGGUAGAAAGUGAAGGUGGUGAAGUUGGCACUGAUUUGGCAAAAGGGGUAGAAGAGGAUCCAAAUAAAAAUAAAGAUGGAGGUGUAGAUGAUCUCGCAAGUAGUAUGAGUGUAUAUCCGUUCGCAAUUGUUGGUCAAAGAAAAUGUCAAAUCAGAACUAAUGGAUAUUGUGACGGCUGUUGA